AGUACAAAACAACAACACCACAUCAAGAGCUUCAUCGCAUGCUAGAUCUUAACCUGCAACUAAGAGUUGGAAACCUUCCCAAAUCUUGACCUCUCGCAAUCAUGUCUCUCAUCAGACACCUGAAGCGCUUGGUUUAUGGUUUAUCAGAAUACGCUCUUAGCCCUGGAUCCUCUGAAGAACAUCAUCACUACACACCUGAUUACGACGAUGUUCGCGCUGCGCGUACAAUUCUCCAGUCUCUCAAACUUCCCACCGAGCUUGUGCUUGAUAUUUUGGAUCGCGCGCGGUAUUGGCCAUGCGCGCAUUUCGUCACGAGGAAUCGUAAGAGCGUCAAAUCGGGAAUGAAUAUUGUGUCCGAAAUCUGUUUCGAAGGGCCCGUGUUUCCACCGAGUGUUUUGGAGUCCUUCCAGGGGGAGAAAGUCAAAUUGAAAGAGAUUUCCUGGUACAUUAUGAGUAAGGAUCAAGGUUGGACAAGUGAAGGCACAGAAGGAACCUUUCAAACCCAUUCGUGGACGGAUGUCAGUAUUUUGCGCCCUCUGGGAGAUUCUAGAGACCCCUGUCUCAGCGCUGUUGAGCUCGCGCGCACUUUCGGAGAAGUCACAGAACUUAUGGAUAUACUUUCACCUCGUGGAUGGACCAUGGUCCCACAUCAGACAGAUGACGGCCUUUCCCAUACGUGGCGUCUACAAGGCAAUCGCGUAGCGGGGCAAAAUCCCGAAAGCUACCAUAUCACCUGGUCGCAAGAUGAGAAUAGGGUCAUUGCCGACGACGGAGCCGGAAAUGGCAAGGGAUUCAUUGACUUAAUUCAAGAGGGAGAUCGGGUGGUAGUGUGGGCUCGAUGUCAGUAUCCGGGGUGGUGUUGUGAAGUCCACGAACUCGAGAUGGCGUUGUUCUAUGGAUUUUGACGAGGUUUGAGGUUUUAACUGCCCUUGUUCCUUUUUUUCUUAUAUAGAUACCCUUUUUGGUCCUGUAGACUUGAUUAGAUUCCUCACAAGGUCAAGUUGCGGGAGGUGUUUUCCGGUGCAUUUGCCCCGCAUCUGCCCCACAUAUGCUAAUGCUCGUCCUUCUCGUUGCUCCUCCCGUCGGAUGUGUCCAAAAUUGGGGUAAAACCAUGUCAAGAGGAUAAUUCUCCAGGCACAAUGUUUAGUAGUUAGAAUAAUGCCAAGUUGAUGAACGAAAAUCUCCCACAUAUACUUGUGCGACCAUCCCUUUCGUUCGUCAUUCAAAUCUUUUUGUGCUACACAUAUCGCGCAAUGGCAACUAAUCCCAAUCAUCCGCCUGGCCCUUAUGCGCCUGGUGAGCAUAUUGUCCCGCCUCCACGAGCACAAUCGCCAG